AUGAGCGCAAAGCUGCUCUUUUCUACAAUUGAGGUUACUAGCCAGGCUUUCUAUCGCUCCUCGCUCUCGUAUGCUAUAGUCAACCUCAAACCCAUCGUUCCUGGACGUAAGACUAUUGAUGAAAAGAACCCACAAUUUAACUCGCAUUAA